AUGGUAUUAAUUACAAAUAAACAGCAAGACCUCAUUGAUGAGGUUAUUGCUAACCAUCUAAAAAAUUAUGAUAAAAUAGCGCAGCAGUACUUGAAAAUCAGACAAGAUAUAUUAGAGUUGAGUACUACAAUCUCCCAAGAAAUCACGAAAGAAGGGCUGGUAUCCGAUUCGAAUAAAUUUAAGAUUCAGCAAUUACAGUAUGAUUUUGAUAAAGCCUGUGAAAUAUAUAAGAUACAUUUGAAGAAUAUAAAUCUGAACCUCGAUAUCAAAAAGAAUCUUCAACCACUGUAUAUCGAAGAGCUCAACUUACAAUAUGAUACAUUAUUAUCAAGAAAGACAGACUUAGAAUCAGAAAUAGACACUUUAAAAAAUGUCCAGAAGCCAUUAUUGGAUAAAAUGAGAUUGUUACUCAAGAGCUUUGAAAAUGGACUUAAUAGUCGAACUGCUAAAAGAAUGAACAGAAUCGUAAGCGAGGGUAUAAAUGAACCAGAUGAAAACAGCAAAGACAUAGAUAUACAGUCUUUAAUAUUUCACUCUAACGACAUGAAAACAUUAUUUAGUGAUGUAGAUAGCAAAUUGAACCAGUUGAAAAAUUUAAGCAACGAGAAUACAAAUAAUGAAGAUGACCCUAAUAGCGUCAUAGAUAUUAACCAACCAAAGAAUAUAACCCGCUACAUCGACGAACACUUGCGAAAUGGGAGAACGUUUCAUCUUUUGGAAGAAGAUAAGUAUAUUUAUGAUGUUUCAAAAUCUGCUACAGUUGAUACUGCUACGUCGCUUACCAGUGUCCAUGAGUAUGAUAAAAUGAUUGAAAAUUUAAUCGUCAACAUAAAGGAUGUCAUUGAGCAUGGUGCAGAAUCCAAGGAAAGAUGGAGUAUCAACGCAAGAAAAUUAGAUAUUAUCAAAGAGACAUUAAGCAAAUUUGAUGAUUCUAUGGAUAUAUCUGACGACGAGAUGGAGUCAUAG